AUGAGAAUCUCUCUCAUGCGAUGUGCAGAGCCUUUCCUUUCAAGCUCUUUCCUUUCAAGCCCUGUUGGUAUUUCCGCACUUUCCCCCACCUGCAUGACCACUCGUCUCCUCUUAUCCACCCAACCACCCACUAACCCGUAUCUCCUUCUAUUCCAACCCCCUCAACCUAACAGGUACAAUCUGCUGUGGAUUGAGCGCAACCGCCUCGCUCCGCUGAAGGUGAAGCAGCUGGAGAUGCUGAUGGGAUACCCGGAGGGGCAUGUGAGCGUGGUCACCAACAACAAGACCAGCAGAUAUAAGAUGCUCGGAAACACCUUCCAUGUGCCCACCGUUGCUCUCCACCUCUCAGUCCUGCGUCGUCUCAACCGGCCCAUCCGAGUCCUCUCUCUCUUCUCAGGCAUCAGCGGCGCCCUGGUUGCUCUCCACAUGGAGGCGCCAUUCCUCAAUUCCCAUUACCCAUUCCCCUUCCCCAUUCCCAUUACCCAUUCCCCUUCCCCAUUCCCAUUACCCAUUCCCCUUCCCCAUUCCCAUUACCCAUUCCCCUUCCCCAUUCCCAUUACCCAUUCCCCUUCCCCAUUCCCUGCUCCCCAAUCACUGUUCCCCAUUUCGCUACUCCCAAUCCCCAUCCCUCCAUCGCCCCAUCUCACAGGAAACACCUUCCACGUGCCCACCGUCGCUCUCCACCUCUCAGUCCUGCGCCGCCUCAACCGCCCUAUCCGGGUCCUCUCGCUCUUCUCAGGCAUCGGUGGCGCCCUAGUAGCGCUCCACAUGGUGAAAGUCCCUGUGAUCUGCGCCGUGAGUGUGGAGUUUGAGAAAAGCUGCCGCGAUGCCGAGGGGAGGUGGUGGAGGGAAACCGCAAUGGCGGAGGAGAGGGCUGGGAGGGAUGGGGUCAACCAGAUGCUGGGGGAGUUAUUGCAGCUGUAUCACAAUCCGUCGGCUGUCCUCCGCUCCUCAGUCACUGACGGCGCCUCCCACGCCGCCACCGCCGCCGCCGCUGCCGUCAUCCCGGCCGCCAGCGCGCCACCAAUCAAGUACCACGGAGGGCCGGUGAUCGUGGGAAAUCCGACGGUGAACGUUUACCACAUCUACUACGGCAGCUGGGGGUCGGGGUCGGGCAAGGAGGUGAUAGACGCGUUCGUGCAGGCGCUGAGCAGCGACUCGGGCAGCCAGGGCAGCGCGGCGGACGCGAGUGUGAAGGGGUGGUGGGCCAUUAGUACCGCUUACUACCAGUCAGGCUCUGGCGGGAAGAAGAAUGUCAGUUCCAAGGUUCGUCUCGCGGGGACAGUGAGUGACAACUAUUCACGCGGAAAAAAACUGACCGACGAAGACGUGAUCGCCAUUGUGAAGAGCAAAGUCGGUGCGGGCAAGCCCUUUGCGCUGGACCCUCACGGAAUUUAUGUGCUGCUCACCAGUUCAGACGUCACGCUCAAAGGCUACUGCACAGAGUACUGCGGCUGGCACACGGAAGACUCAAUCAACUCCUCGCCUCUUCGCUAUGCCUUUGUGGGGCACCGUGGGCAGUGCCCCGACUCGUGCGGGGUAGAGAGCACGUCACCCAACGGGAAGCCGGGUAUUGACGCUACUAUCUCCACGCUCGCGCAUGAGCUCACCGAAGCUGCCACCGACCCUGAUGCGAAUGCGGGGUGGUUUGACGACGGCGAGGAGAAUGCGGACAAAUGCUCGUGGGAAUAUGGCACCACAAAGACUGGUUACCAGCAGAGCGGGCAGAGCUACAAGUACAAUGUGGUGGGGCUGAAUGGGAUGAAGUUCCUGGUGCAGCUUAACUGGGACCGCGUGAAGAGCAAGUGCGUCCUGCAGAGUGCCCUGCCUAGUGCUGGUGGUGGCGGGGUGGGAACUCCCCCCCCCCCUCCGCCAACUGGAGGCAGCGUGAAGAUGAGGUGCGAUUGCAACUGUGCUAGUGCCAGCAACCCCAUGAGCUGCCAGUGCUCCUGCACCAAGACAGGGUGA